GUAAUAGCUUUAUAUGUUACGUUUAUAACAAUUUUGACAUAUAUGUGGCAUGCAUGUGCGCUAUUUAAAAUCGCAAGUUAUCGGAUAGAGAAUGCUAUCGAAAAAAAUACAUUAAUGAUUCCUAUUUUUGGAAGACAGUACCUGUUUUAUCAGAGGCUUGUACAUGCGAUUCUUAUUCAUCGAAGAGCAGUCGAUUCUUUAAGUAUCAAUCUUUUUCAACUAACAUCAAUAAACAAUAGGAGUUUUGAAGAUAUAUUUAUAGUCAUUCUACUCAUUGUUAUACAUAUAAGUUAUAUGUUCAUUGUUAAUUACGGUGGACAGAAAGUAACAGAUCAUGGAAUGGAAGUAUUUAAAGCAACUUAUAGUGGAUUGUGGUAUAUAGCACCAUUACAUACACAGAAAUUAUUAUUAUUUAUAAUGCAAAAAGGAAAUAUAAAUGUUACUAUAAUAUGGGGCCGUUUAUAUAUAGCAUGUUUGGAAGGUUUUGCUUCGCUUACAAAUGCGGGCAGUAUCUUAUUUUAUGGUGAUGCAUUCUACACGAUAAUAACGUAG